UCAAGGAGGGCAAAGCGUGUUGCUGCAGGUAGAAGUCGUGAUCCUGUGGCGGCUCGCGGGAGGAGGAGGCGAGGCCCUUGCAUGAAGGAGGGCGAGAAGGAACCUGGCGCCAGGCGCAGGCCGAUCUGAUGUCAUGGCGGGAUCUUGCCAGACGCCCACGGGCGCUAAGGCUGUUGUCGCACGGGGAAUCCUCAUCGCCUGGCUACACGGCUUCGUGACCACAGUCUCUGCCGUGAAGCUGGUCAACGUGGACAUCCCGUCCCCGACCACGCUAGGCGAGACGGUGGGCCUGAGCUGCAUCUACGAGCUCAAUGGCGAUCGACUCUACUCCGUCAAGUGGUACAAAAACGACGUCGAGUUCUACCGCUUCGUGCCGAAUGACUGGCCGCCGGGACAGUUCCUGCCUCUGCCAGGCGUUGACGUGGACUUGGCACGAUCGGGGCGGACGUCGGUGUAUCUGCGUAACGUGAAUCUACACAGCGCCGGUACAUACCGGUGCGAGGUGUCUGCGGAGGCUCCUUCCUUCGACACUGUCGGCGGCCAGAAGGACAUGGCCGUGCUAGUACUUCCGACCGAGGGCCCGCGCAUCACGGGCGGCCAGGCGCAGUACCGCAUCGGCGACACCGUGAGCGUCAACUGCACCUCGGCCAAGUCCAAGCCCGCCGCCACGCUGCGCUGGUACGUGAACGACGUGGCCGUGGCCGGCGCCGACGGCACCACCGAGUACUCGACCACGCUGCACGCCGACGGCCUGGAGACGGCCUCGCUCGGCCUGCGCUUCGUGCUCACCGAGGACCACUUCCGGGGCGGCAACAUGAAGCUCAAGUGCACCGCCACCAUCUCGCGAGUCUACACCAUGAGCAACGAGGAGCUCGUGUUCGGCUCUUCUUCCGCGGGAGGAGGCCGCCACCAGAAGUCAGGACUCCAUAUCAGCGAGAACACGAGCCGAGGCAAGAAGGGCCACGUGCUGUGGUGCCCUUCCACCCUCUGUGAUGGAGGACAACCUGCCCCCGGGCUUUCCCCGGGCUACACCUUGAGCGGCAACACCAGCCACUCCAGGGCCUACGACCUUCUUGUGAAGAAGGCAGCAGACCUCGUGCGACAGGAGGAGGCACAACGGGCCAGCCCACCUCGCCUCUCAGCCACCACCACCACAGCAAAAUGCCGCACGAGGAAACUGAGAGAUGCCACUGCCACCAGCCUCCCCCUCAAGGAAGAAGCCCCGAGCUACUGUACCCAGAGCACUCCCAGACGUACUCGAAGGGCGACGAGAACCUCGGACUUCCCGCGGCGCAUACCACGGGCGAAAACAGGCAAGGCAGAGAACGGCACAAACCUCCCUGCUUCCAUCGAAGUUCCCCUUCAAUACGAGGCAACACAGCAGGCGGCCGCCGCCAUUUUCUCGCCGCAAACAUCGUCUGCCACCGCCGUUGAAGGAGCCCCCGCCAAAUGCAACCAAGGAGAGACGGAGCUGGAGCAAAACCUGUCUUCCCUCCCUCGCCAAGGGAGCUACGGGAGCAGCAGUCACGAGUUCGCCCUCUCCCUCCUCGUGCUCGCACAUCACCCUGGCGUCCUCCUCUCCCGCCAUCUCCACCGCGGAGAGCAGCCCGACCGGUUCCCUACCUGGCCCCUCCGCAGCGUAGUGUGA